CGCCGAGGCUCUGCACUUCUCCUUUGAUCUUUGCACUGUAACGCUACUUUUUGGACACGCGACGGAAUUCACUUUCUUGUCGCCCUUGUCCCUGGUUUUAUUUUGUCUUUGUAUUUUCUUUUGUCUCCCGGCUUCAUUGGAGGAAUUCGGCUUCUUCCCAUGAUCGGCAUCUACUAGGUAGAGCUUGUUUCUUCGUCGCUGACGCAUCAUCGUCAUGAUCACCAUGGCUCCUCCUACGCCCACCUUCCACCUGGACGUGGAAGCCAUCUCAGGAAUCUGCGGAUCUGUAUCUAUUGCUUGUUGGGUUGUCGUCUUCUCGCCGCAAAUCAUUCAAAACUUCAAGCGAGGCAACGCAGACGCCCUGUCCGUACAAUUCAUCAUCGUUUGGCUUCUUGGCGAUGUCUUUAAUAUUAUCGGCGCCGUCAUGCAGGGCGUACUACCCACCAUGAUCAUCCUCGCCAUCUACUAUACCCUUGCCGACAUCGUACUUCUAGCUCAGUGCUUCUACUACCGCGGAUUUACAUGGCGAGACGCCCCCGUUAAGAAACCGGCUUCAACCCAACCGACCGAGCGCACAGCGCUUCUUGGCGACAAUCAGGAGCGCCGCGGCUCCGACUGGGCCGGCUUCUCACCAGCCGUGCCUCACAUCCCCGACGAACCUAUCAAAGUCAAGACACAGCCUACCCUACUACAGACCCUUCUGUGGAAUGCCACCAUUGUCAUUAUAGUCUGUGCGGCUGGUGUGUUAGGCUGGUAUCUCGGCGAGCGAGCCAAGGGCGAUCACAAGCAAAAGUCUCCGUCGGACGGCAGCAACGACAAGCUGGAAUUCAAUGUCGUUGGCCAAUUCUUCGGCUACUUGUGCACGGUGGCUUACAUUGCCUCUCGUCUGCCGCAGCUGAUUCUCAACUACAGACGCAAGACGACCGACGGGCUUAGCAUGCUCUUCUUCCUCUUCGCCUGCUUGGGAAACAUCACCUAUGUGCUCUCGAUUUUUGCCUAUGAGCCCAAGUGCGGCGGCAAGUCCUGCAAGCAUGGCGAAGGAAGUGCCAUCUACGGCCGAUACAUCCUCGUCAACCUCAGCUGGCUCGCUGGUAGCUUGGUCACGCUCUUUAUGGACUUUGGCGUCUUUUCCCAGUACUUUAUGUACAAGUCCAACAUUGAGUCUCAGCAGGCCGUCUUCUUUGACGAGGAGCAUGACGCCAACCACGAAGAUGAUCACCAGAACGGCAAUGCCAACGGCUCCCGCGACACCAGGCCGCUGCUCCAGCGCGCCGACUCUAGCAGCUAUGCUGCUUAAAAUGUGACGAACCAACAAAGUUUAUGAUUUGUUUUUCUUUUACCAAAAAUGUAUGCCACUCUACUUUGGAGAAUUGGCGGCCAUUCCCCUGCGCAUGGAGCAUAGAUUGAGCAGGAAGAGCUUUUGUAUUGAUACGUACUUGGAAAACGGGAUGGCGUUUUUAUGUUAUAGCUCUACAGUACAGCAGCACUCUUCAUAGAUGUAACGAAGAGGUGCAUAUUCAACUCACAAUUAAAAUCAUUUAUGCAUCAACUUAUUCUUUGUCCAC